AUGGAGAACAACACAGAGGUGACUGAGCUCAUCCUGCUGGAACUAACUAAUGCCCCAGAGCUGCAGAUCCCUCUUUUUAUCACAUUCACCCUCAUUUACCUCAUCAAUGUGGUUGGAAACUUGGGGAUGAUGGUGCUGAUUCUGUUGGACUCUCGUCUUCAUACUCCCAUGUACUUCUUCCUCAGUAACCUGUCUCUGGUGGACUUUUAUUACUCUACAGCUGUCAUUCCCAAGGUCAUGGCUGGAUUACUUAUAGGAGACCAGGUCAUCUCCUACAAUGCAUGUGCUGCUCAGAUGUUCUUUUUUGCAGUCUUUGCCACAGCAGAAAAUUACCUCCUGGCUUCAAUGGACUAUGACCGCUAUGCAGCAGUUUGCAAACCCUUCCAUUACACCACCACCAUGACGACAGGUGUAUGUGCUUGGCUGGCCACAGGCUGCUAUGUCUGUGGUUUCUUGAAUGCCUCUAUCCACACUGGGAUCAUUUUCAGGCUCUCCUUCUGUAAGUCCAAUGUGAUCCAUCACUUUUUCUGUGAUACUCUUGCCGUCAUGUCUCUCUCUUGUUCUGAGAGACAUGUCAGUGAUCUGAUUCUUGUCUUUGAGGCAAGCUUCCACAUCUUUUUUGCUCUCCUGGUUAUCUUGAUUUCCUACCUGUUCAUUUUUAUCACCAUCCUGAAGAUGCCCUCAGUGGAGGGAUACCUGAAGGCUAUAUCCACCUGUGCCUCCCACAUCACUGCACUAUCCAUCUUCUAUGGGACAAUCAUUUUCAUGUACUCCCAGCCCAGCUCCAGCCACUCCAUGGACACAGACAAAAUCACAUCUGUGUUCUAUACUAUGGUCAUCCCCAUGCUGAAUCCUGUGGUAUAUAGCCUGAGAAAUAAAGAGGUCAAGAACACUUUCAAGAAGGUUGUUGAGAAGGCAAUAUCAUCUCUAAGCUUCAUCUCUUAG